AUGAGCACCCCAGCACCAGCAGCCAAGCCUUCCCCCCAGCAGAACGGGACCCCCGAGGUGCACCUGGCCGAGCGCCAGCUGCACGAGAUGUCCAUCGAGGAGCAGAAGGACCUCUACGGCAACGAGGACACGCUCAACAGGUACUUCGUCAACCUCGCCGGCCGCAUCAGGGACUCCGUCGCCACAGGGUACCUCCUUCCAGAGCGCACCUGA